GUGUAAAGGAAACAGGGAAACUCUUGACCCAAUUUUUCCUUUUGAAUCUUUUAAAAAUGAAAGGGUUUGGAUCCCUGAAUGCCUCGCCCAGCAGACCAAGUCUGAAAAGGAAGUAGCAGUGCAUUCUGGUUGUGAGAUGACUCAUAAUGGCGGUUCCAUUCAUUGAUGAAGAUGCCUCACGGGAGGACAGUGCCUGCGCCGCAGUGGAGCCCCCACGCACGGCAGCCUGCGCCACUGUGGAGCCCCCACGCAUGCCAGCCUGCACCACUGUGGAGCCCCCACACACACCAGCCUGCACCACAGUGGAGCCCCCACGCACGCCAGCCUGCGCCACUGUGGAGCCCCCACGCACGCCAGCCUGCGCCACUGUGGAGCCCCCACGCAUGCCAGCCUGCACCAUUGUGGAGCCCCCACACACACCAGCCUGCACCACAGUGGAGCCCCCACGCACGCCAGCCUGCGCCACUGUGGAGCCCCCACGCAUGCCAGCCUGCACCACUGUGGAGCCCCCACACACACCAGCCUGCGCCACUGUGGAGCCCCCACGCAUGCCAGCCUGCACCAUUGUGGAGCCCCCACACACACCAGCCUGCACCACAGUGGAGCCUCCACGCACGCCAGCCUCCUGCUCCUCUGACCCAUAUGGAGUGCUGGCAGUGGUGGACUGUGGAGACAUCUCUGUCCCACUCAUGGUCUUGUACCCAGAGUACAGAGCCAGCCUGCUGGCCGAGGUUCUCUCAGAAGCUGUUUCAGUGCCUGGUGAAUAAUAUGGAUUUUGGUGCACAUGUUUUAAACGAUACCAUGAAAGAAGUGGACCUGCUGAUCAUCCUGUACAGGGGUUUCAGUCCCCUUCAUUCCUGUGGAUUUCUGAAAUGGGGCAUUUUUAUUAAAAGUGAAAGACAGAUCCACAUUGAACAAUGUUAACCGCUGUUGAAAUGUGAUUCUACACUGUGAAUCUUUACUGGAGUGUUCUGCUAAAGUCACACUAUAUUAUAGUCAUACUAUAUUCUCAUUCUUAUUCCACGUGGAAUGUUUUAGCUGUUGAAAAAUGUUUUGCCAGUUUUGAAAUGACAGUGUAUCAUUGUUUAACUUGCCUCGUUGCAAGAUAAUCUGUCGCAUUGUUUUUUGUUUUUGUAUCUUUAAAUUAAAUAUAUCAAAAUGAUUCAAUUAAAAUGUUUGCCUCCUUCCAUGUUCCAUACAAAGUUAAGACAUGGUCUGAUCAUUUUUUUUAUGAGUAUGGCAAUUAAGAUUGCGAU